AUGUUUGUCUCAUCCACAAAGACAGCCGAAAAGUGGCGCCUACGUUCGACCACCAAGCGAGACAAGAAUACACGCGGAUACUAUCCAGGAACAACGAUCCUCUUCUUCCUUGCCAAAAAUAAUGACACUACAAUUCCUGCCACCCUACAGUUUAUUCUCAAGCAAGUCAAUGCAGAAACUAUUGUUGAUGACGUCAAAGCAGAUGGAAAGGUGAAGGAGAAGGAGAAGAACCUCUACACAGGCGAAGAGGCAAUUCUGUAUUUCCAAGAGAACGUUUUGAAGAGCGCUGUGGAAGAGGCAGUGGAAGGGUCUCCUCCAAAAGUCACCAGAAACGUAGUUCCAAUGUGGGUGCUUGACGACGACGAAUUCUGCUUUCUGCGUAAAGAAGCUGAAAAAACGGCACUGUGGCUAGCGAAGGUUCUCUUUGAGAAACCAUCGAUACCUCCACCUCCCCAUUCAGCCGCUAGAAAGUAUUUUUUUCAAGGACUUGAAGAAAGACACCGGUGCUGUGGGAUUAUAUAUUCCUCCCACUCCUCCUCGUGUUCUCAUACCCGCUUUACCAGCUGGCGAAGAACCCAAGGUCAUUUUCCAUUUCAUGCGACAUGGACAGGCGAGUUGAUUCAUUUAACCUCAAUAUUUGCAUUUUCUUCCUUAUUAACGGAAAUAGGCACUACACAACGUGCUCCAUCACACCAACAAAUCCCUAGUCGCCACCCUCCACGACCCAGCCCUGACACCCACCGGCCUCCUCCAAUGCCUCCACGCCUCGCAUAAAUUCCCCUAUCUCCACCACAUCGACUACAUCUUCGCCUCCCCCAUGCGACGUACUCUCCAAACCGCCCUGGCAACCUUCAUGCCCAUCCUGAGUCUUGAGAAGAAGAUCGUGGCCUGGAGGGAAAUACGCGAGUUCGGCAACGGACGUCCAAACACUGGCCAUAAACUGAAGGAGUUAAAGGAGGUAUAUGACAGCAAGAGAGUCGAUUUGAGACUGGUGCCAGAGGGGUGGGAAUACAAUAGUGAGAACGAUGGUAUCACAUGUCCUUGCUGCAGGAAUUCUCGUCCUGAGCGAGUUAGACCUGCUUUGCAGAUCUUGAGACGGGUGGUUCUUGAGGGUGGGGAGUGGAAGGGGAUGCCGUUUAGGAAAGCUACGAGAGAUGUGCAUAUUGCUUUUGUUACUCAUGGGGCUUUUUUGGCGAGUCUUUUGCGGCAGACGAGUAAGUGGAUCAUUGCCUCCCUUCUUUCUUCGCUUAGGAAGGCUGUCUAG